AUGACUUUUGAUGCAUUUCCUUUUUGCAGUAACUAUGUGAUCAUGGUGACCAUGUUCUUUACCGUCAGCGUGAUCAAUAACUACGCCCUGAACUUUAACAUCGCCAUGCCUCUGCACAUGAUCUUCAGAUCAGGAUCUUUAAUAGCGAACAUGAUCCUCGGUAUUAUCAUCUUGAAGAAAAGAUAUUCGGCGAGUAAAUAUCUCUCCAUCGUGCUGGUGUCUGUGGGCAUUUUCAUCUGCACUAUUAUGUCGGCCAAACAAGUGAAUGUUGAGAAAGGGGCCACAGAGGAAGAUGUUUUUUAUGCCUUCGUGCAUUGGCUUCUGGGUAUCGCCAUGCUGACGUUCGCCUUGCUGAUGUCUGCAAGAAUGGGCAUUUUCCAGGAAACUCUGUACAAGAAAUAUGGCAAACACUCCAAGGAGGCUCUGUUUUACAAUGUCAGUCCCUAA